AUGCAGAGGAAACGCGACAGUGACUCGUCCCGUCACCUGGAGCCCGUGCGCAAACUCAGCCAGCAGCUGGCGAAGGUGGAGGCCACACCCACGCCUCCACAGCAACAUGUGGAAAAGAGAAAUGACAAAAUACAGCUGCAGGCCGAGGUGGCACAACUCUGCGAACAGCUUGAAGAGGCCAGGAGGAAGAUCAAGGCACAGGGGCAGGUGGCCACAGCCGUGCAGAAGCGCUUCAAGGACUGCCUCGGGCAAAUACAGGCCGGGACGUUGGACAAGGCACAGAUGACAGAGGAUCAGAACAAGAAGCUGGCUGCCAGAAACGCAGAGCUCCUGGAACUCCUGCAGGUGGAGCGGACAGGGCGGGAGAGCACCCUGUGCUGCCUGCAGAGGGCGCUGGCGGAGACGCAGCGGGACCUGGGCACGUGCGAGGGGGCGCUCGAGGCCCGCGUCCGCGAGUGCGACGUGACGGACCAGGAGAAGCGGCGCGAGCAGGAGCGGGCCGCCUGGCUGGAAGGGAGGCUGAGGGAGAGCGAGGACGAGAACGCACAGCUCCGGGAGAGCUUCCACAGCCUGAGGGUCAGCCUGCACUACAAGGACGGCGAGGCCGCGACCUCCCCGCAGCGGUCGCAGGAGGCCGAGUCGCAGACCCCGAACAUCGAGGAGACCGAGGUCGUCCUGAAGCUGGUGGAGUCCGCGCGGCAGCUGCAGGCUGACAACGCGCGACUGGAGGAGGCCUUAAAGCGGCAGACCGACACCGUGGCGGAGCUGCUGGAGGCGCAGGAGGCCCAGUUGAAGAGGGCGGUUUUGGAGCAGCAGCUCGUCCAGGAGGCGCAGCUGGAGAGGGCGGAGGCGGAGGCAGAAGUGCUCCGCGGACACCUGCAGGAGGCACAGACCAGGGCGGAGGACAGGGAGCGGGAGUCGGCGGACUUGCAGAAGUGCUUCGGCGACGCGUUCGGCAAAAUACGCGCCGAGGCGGCGAAGAUAGCCGCCUCCAACCAGCAGCUUCAGGAGCUCCUGGAGAUCGAGAAGGCCGAAAGGAAGCGGGAGAUGUCCGCAAGAGAGCAGGAGAUAUCCGAACGGGAGCAGGAGAUUGCCGAAAGGGAGCAGGAGAGGUCCAAAAUAGAGAGCUACGUACUGCAGCUGCAGCAGGAGCUGGCUGAGGCUAAGCGGGAAGCGCUGCUCUACGCGGCGCCAUCGCCGGGAGGGAGCCCUGAGGACUACAGCAAGCUGGAGGAGGAGAAACUGGACCUGCACAGGUACAUCGGACGCCUCGAAGGGACGCUGAAGGAGAGCGAGGUCAAGUGCGUCCAGUCGGAGCAGCUGAUCAGCAAGCUGGUCGGCUCCCUGAGGGAGAAGGACCACGAGGUCGCCGCCUCCUCCCAGAAGCUGCAGGAGGUGUUUGCUGCGUCCGCGAGCAUGGACCGGACCAUCCAGCUCCUCCGGGAUUCUGUCCUGCGGCUGGAGACGGAUACCCACAGGCAGGAAGAGGCCGCCAAAGAGCAGGCCGGCCGGAUCGCGGAGCUGGGGACGGAGGUCGACGACGCGAUGAUAGCUAGGAGAGAUUUGGAGGAGCGGCUCAGCCAGGAAAUGCAGAAGCAGAGCUCAUUCUCCGUAAACGCCCAAGUAGAGUUGAAUGAAGCUGAGGCAGCUCUGCAGGCCGAGCGGAAGAAGUCCAGUGAAGCCCAAGAGCUCCAAAAGGAUCUGCAGGAACAACUGGAGCAGGGGCAAAGCGAGCGACUGAUGCUCCAGCAACAGCUGGAAGACUCACAAAAAAGGACUAAGCUAAAAGACCAGGCACUGAAGGACAUGCAAGAUUUCAUAUGUGAUACAACUAGGAGGCUCAGUCAGGUAAAUGAACAGCUGGUGGAAGAGAAAAGCACAGAUGUAGUAGGCCUAGAAAAUGUGGAGGACAUUGAUACAGGUCAGGACAGCAUCCUGAGGCAGCUGCAGAACAUAUUGGCCAAAAUGCAGACUAAGCUGUCCUCGUGUGAGCAAUCGCUCGAAGAAAAAACUCUCUGCUGCAAAGACCUUGCUUUGAAAAAUCAAUGCAUGCUGGAGGACGUGGACAGGCUCCAACGAAUGCUACAGCAGAGCGAGGACAAGUUAAUCCAAGCAGAGAGCAGGAACGUUCAUCUGCAGCGUUCCAUGGACAGUGACAAGGAGGUCAUCGCCUUUCUUCAGAAAUCACAGGAGGUUGUGUCAGUUUCCACGGACACAGCUGAGACCAUGGAGUCCCUGGGCCAGCUGAAAAGUGAGAACAUGAUAUUGGAGGAGACGUUGAGGCAGCAGGCCAGCAGGAUUGUAGAGCUGGAGAGGGAGGUUGAUGAGGCUGCAGAGGUUAAGAAAUAUUUGGAGGAACGUCUCGAUCAGGAGAUAGAGAGGCAAAACUCGCUCAUCGUAAACACUCAAGUGGAAGUGAGUGACGCUGAGGUGGCUCAGCCGGACCAGGGGCAGAAGUCCAACAAAGCCCAAAAGCAGCAAGUGGAUCUGCAGGCACAGCUGGACAGUGCGAAGACCGACCGGCUAACGCUCCGGAAGCACUUGCGCGAGGCCCAGAAGAUUUCCGAGCUGAGAGAUCUGGCCGUGAUGGACAUGCAGAGGUGCAUGAACGACACGCUCACAGGGAUGCGGGCGUACAGCCAAGAGAGGAUAGAGCUGGCGGAGAGGAGGAGCACGGUGUUCGCCUCCGAAAUCGCAGAGCUCCAAGAACAACUGGAGCGUGUGGAAACGGACAGAGAUGGCAUACAGAAGGAACUGGCUGAGGCGCGACGGAAACUAUCAUUGCACGAGGAAUCGCUCGAAGAGAAAACGUCCGGACGCAGAGAUAUUGAGGAGAGACCAGUUACUCAGGGUGACGUGACCGCGCUGAAGGACGUACUGCAGCGGACCGACGACAAGAACGUCAAAUUAGGGCGCGACAACUUUAACCUGAAGUGUGCCCUGAAAGACAAGGAGCUCAAGGUUUUAGCCCUUUCCCAGAAGCUGCGGGAGUCGGCGUCAGCCGCAGACUCAGACAGAGCCGCGCAGGUGGAGUCUCUGCGGUUGCUGGAGAGCGAGAACUUAAGGUUGGAGGAGGCGUUGAAACAGCAGACCGGCAGAAUCGCAGAGCUGGAGAAGGAGGUUGCAGAGGCCGCCGGAGUUAAGAGAGAUCUGGAGGAACAGCUCAGUCGGGACGUGGAGAGGCGAGGCUCACUCUCCAUAGACACUCGAGUAGCAGCGAGCGGUGGGACUGUGGUGGCCUUGCAGAACGAGCAGGGGAGGUUCGGUGCAGCUGAAAAGCCGCAAGAAGAGGAGCAGGUGAAAAUACUCCAGCAGCAGCUGAAUGAAGCAGAGGAAAUGACAGAGCUUGAGGACCCAGGUGAGAGUGAUGUGUAAUGAUUUGCAUAAAUGAA